AUGGUAAAUAUAGAGGACGUAAAACAUGCUGUAUGGAGUUGUAGGAGCGAUAAAUCACCUGGACCGGAUGGUUUUACAUUCGGGUUUACAAAACGGUUGCAACUCGGCAUUCAUUACUUUGCUUCCUAUACUAAGAUUGACCACCCGAUUAUCGUUUCUGAUUAUAGACCGAUUAGUCUCAUUGGUAUUCAAUAUAAGAUUAUUGCAAAGAUUUUAACCACUCGUUUAGCCAAGGUGAUCAGAUCUAUUGUUAGCUCAGAACAAUCGGCUUUCACUAAAGGUCGCCAAAUACUUGAUGGUUCACUUGUUUUAAGCGAGGUGAUUAAUUGGUGUUCGCAGCACAAAAAGAAACUUCUUCUGUUUAAGAUUGAUUUUGAGAAAGCGUAUGAUUCUAUCGCAUGGGAAUAUCUUUUUACUAUUAUGAAAAAUAUGGGAUUUAGCGACAAGUCGGCCAGGACCUCUGUCCAUGUGAAUGGCAAGGAAUUUUCAUUGAACAGGGGACUUCGUCAGGGUGAUCCCAUGGCCCCAUUCUUGUUCAUAAUUGCAAUGGAAGGUUUGAAGAUUAAUUUUCACAAAUCAUCAAUGUUUGGCAUCGGCGUGCCUAAGACAGAGGUUGCUUCCGUUACUGAAAGGAUGAGAUGUAAACCAGAAACGCUUCCAUUCUCUUAUCUUGGAGUGCCAAUCGGAGCUUCUAUGUCAAGAAUUAAAAAUUGGUCUGUUAUUUUAGCAUUGGCUUCCAAAGAGGUUGGAGGCUUGGGUAUUGGAAGUUUGCAUGCACUUAACUUAACUUGGCUUUGCUUUACAAAUGGAGAUGGAGAGCUUUCAUCUAAUGAUGCUUUAUGGGUUAAAGUAAUUAUUGCUAUUCACGGCCAUGAAUGUCUUAACAGUUUCAGUCAAAAAGGUCGUGGUUUAUGGGCAUCAAUUUGCUCAGAUUUCAUCGAGGUUCACGCGUUGCAUUCUGUCCCUGCAAGUGUUAUUAUCAGGAGGUUAGGAAACGGAAAUUCAGUGAGUUUUUGGCGGGACCUUUGGGUAGGAAAUGAAGCUCUAUCUGGCAAAUUCCCACGUCUUUAUGCAUUGGAACUAAACAAACAAGCCCAUGUUAGUGAGAGAUGGGGAAACGGUUUAUGGACGUGGUCUUGGCGUAGGGAUAUUCGAGAUGGGACAGAAGCUUUGCAACUUAUUGAUUUGACAGCUCUACUUCAGAAUGUGCAGUUGGUGGAUCGUCAAGAUUCUUGGGCAUGGAACUUUCCAGGUGAGGUUACUUUUUCGGUUCGUCAAUUCCGAUUAUUCUUGAGUGUGCUCUUCUCCCCUGUGAGCCAUCUAAGAUGUAUUGGAAUCAUUUGCCCCCUAAAAAGGUGA